CUUCCAGUUUUCAUUGUCUUUCAGUUGUUGCAGAAGAAGGUCUUACAUCCAGAUUAACUUUGACUUGGACAGAUUCUGCAUGCUGUGCCACUGUGGAUGUGAGAAGCUGAGUCAGACCUUUAUCUUUGUGUUAUUUAAAGGUGAAAACAUUUGGAGCAUCUCUAUCAGCUGGACUUGGAGCCUGUUGAUGGAUGUUGAGUGCAGUGGCUGCUAGAGCAUAGACAGUCACGGACUGAUAUUCUCUACCUCCUGUGGGGACACUUGCUGUGUCAUCAGAUUUUACAGUACAAAGGAUAUUUGACAUCCCCUGUUUCCUCUUACUGGGCUUUUCUUUGCUUUUCUGGAGUUACUUACAACCCUGGGACACCAGCUUUGAUAGUUUUUUUUUUUUUCAAUUUGCGUUUCCUGUGGUUGAACAGUGGAUACUAUCACCCCUGUAACCAAUGACAGCACAGCAGAUCUCAAUUUCUAACUGUUUUAGGGAGACUUUAGGAUAUCUCUAUUUGCUUUUCCUUGGUUUAUUUAAAUUGAUGUACCAGGAGUUUUUCACUGUUGUUUAAAGCCAGGUAAGGAGCAGGUCCUAGUCCUAGGCUCUAUGCUUUUUUCAGGGCCCAGCAGUUUUGUCUGGGCCCUGUGGCCAGACCUUAAACAGCUCCCUCUUCAAAACAAAUGGAGAGCAGCGGCUGCAUCCCUCUCUGCUGGAGCAAGGGGGCCUGCAUCUACGCACAGCACCCCCUACCAAAAUAUGACGCCCAGUUAGCCCCAGCAGGAGCAUCUGAGUCAGGCAUGGCGUCGUCUUCCUACUUGGAACCCAACCACAAUCACGCCGCAGCUGGUGGUUGUGGGGUUAAAUCCCGUUCUGGGAUUCCCGGUGGUACUGGUGUUGGUACCAGCGGCUCUGCUGGAGGCCUUGAGCGGCCCCCAGGCUCCAUGGACCGGGUUCUGAAGAUCUUCCAUUAUUUUGAGACAAACAGUGAACCAUGCACCUGGGCUAGUAAUAUCAGGCAUGGAGAUGCUACAGAUGUCAGGGGUGUUAUCCAGAAGAUAGCAGAGAUCCACAAACUGCGCUGUGUGUCCUCUCUGGGUCUCCGUCUGACCCAUCUGCACUCUGAUGCACUCCAUUGGUUACACCCUGAUUUGGGCGUGUCUCACGUCAGGGAGAAAUAUGAGAAACAACACCCCCAGGAUGAGUGGAGGUAUGAGUUGCGGAUGCGGUACCUACCUAAAGGUUACCUCAGCCAUUUUUCUGAAGACAAACCCUCUCUUAACUACCUCUACCACCAGGUCAAGAGUGACUACAUGCAACAUAUCGCUGAUCAGGUGGAUCAAGAUGUUGCUUUGAAACUGGGCUGUUUGGAAAUUAGGAGGUUCUUCAGAGAGAUGCCAGGAAACGCCCUGGAUAAGAAAUCCAAUUAUGAACUACUAGAGAAAGACGUUGGUCUGAGAAGGUUCUUCCCCAAAAGUCUGCUGGACUCCCUUAAGGCCAAGACUCUUCGUAAGCAGAUCCAGCAGACCUUUAAGCAGUUUGCUAACCUCAACGACGAGCAGAGCAUCCAUAAGUUCUUUGAGAUACUCUCUCCCAUCUACCGCUUUGACAAAGAGUGCUUCAAAUGUGCUUUGGGGUCUAGUUGGGUAAUAUCAGUAGAGUUAGCUAUCGGACCGGAGGAAGGAAUCAGCUACCUCACAGAUAAGGGCUCAACGCCUACACACUUAGCUAACUUUAACCAGGUUCAGUCCAUCCAGUACUCUGCUUUGGAAGAAAAGGACAGGAAAGGCAUGCUGCAGCUUAACGUAGCAGGAGCUCCAGAGCCCCUCACUGUCACCACGGCAGCGCUGACUACAGCAGAAAACAUGGCUGACUUGAUUGACGGCUACUGUCGGCUCGUCUCCUCAGCUACUCGCUCCUUCAUUGUCAGAGUCCACAAAGAGGGGGACAGAGCUCUGCCUUCCAUCCCCAAAGUUUCAAAUCAUGAGAGGCGGAUGGAAAAACGGAUGGACGGAGUACGGACCAGAGCUGUUUGCGUCUCAGGUCAGACUAGUGGCGAUGAAACAGACGACUAUGCUGAGAUCAUAGAUGAGGAGGACACCUAUACCAUGCCUUCAAAAUACUAUGGACUAGAUCAAGCACGGGACUAUGAGAUUCAGCGGGAUCGUAUUGAGUUGGGACGUUGCAUAGGUGAGGGUCAGUUUGGAGACGUCCACCAAGGAGUCUACAUCAGCCCGGAGAACCCAGCCCUGUCUGUGGCAGUGAAGACGUGUAAGAACUCAACAUCAGACAGCGUCAGGGAAAAGUUUCUCCAAGAAGCAUUGACCAUGCGUCAGUUUGACCACCCUCACAUUGUGAAGCUGAUGGGAGUCAUCACUGACAAUCCAGUCUGGAUCAUCAUGGAGCUCUGCACACUCGGAGAGUUACGGUCAUUUCUCCAGGUGAGGAAGUACAGUCUAGACUUGGCCAGUCUCAUAUUGUACUCAUACCAACUCAGCGCGGCUCUGGCAUAUCUGGAGAGCAAACGCUUUGUACACCGGGACAUCGCAGCACGGAAUGUGUUGGUGUCUACAGUCGACUGUGUAAAGCUGGGGGACUUUGGUUUAUCACGAUACAUGGAAGAUAGCUCUUAUUACAAAGCAUCAAAAGGAAAACUCCCCAUUAAAUGGAUGGCUCCAGAAUCCAUCAACUUUAGAAGAUUUACCACAGCCAGUGACGUCUGGAUGUUUGGCGUCUGUAUGUGGGAGAUCCUAAUGUUCGGCAUCAAGCCUUUCCAGGGUGUGAAGAACAAUGACGUCAUUGGCAGGAUAGAGAACGGCGAGCGACUGGCUAUGCCCCCUCAGUGCCCUCCUACUCUCUACAGCUUGAUGACAAAGUGUUGGUCGUAUGAUCCCAGCAAGAGGCCACGCUUCACUGAACUCAAAACACAACUGAGCACUAUAUUAGAGGAGGAGAAGCUCCAGCAGAAAGAGAGGAACAGGAUGGAGAUGAGGAGACAGGUCACUGUUUCCUGGGACUCGGGUGGGUCUGAUGAAGCACCACCAAAACCGAGCCGUCGCCCCUCCCUGCAGCCCACCUUCAGUCUGGAUUGUCUGUCUGCUCCUUCUCCUCACCACCAUUGCCAUCAAAACCAGCGCUUUGCCUCACAGCUUUCCCUCUGCCUUGGAAACCCUCAUCCUUCGUCUCCUUGCACCUCUUCUUACCUACCCACUCCUCCACUCUACUCAUCAUCUCUGCAAUUUCCCCAUAACUUUUCCUCUUCUCCCAAUCCUCAGCCUCAGUCACCUUCUCUUCAUGUCACCACUCACUACAAUCAAUCUUUCUCUCAGCACAACACAAAGUUGGAUCUGGAAUCCAACGCUCAUCCCAGCUUGUCUCGUGCUAACUUCUAUUCUCCACCUCACACCAGCUCAGACUGCCUUUCCAAUGGCAUCUGCCCCUACAAGAAAAAUCCCCCUACUAACGGCCACCUGCUCUGUUCAUCCCAGCCAAAGUCAAACAACACACACUCCCAUCCCUGGCACUUCUCCCCUCUGCUUUCCCAAUCCAGCCCUAACCUUCACUCUCUGCCCCGCAGCAUGUCAAAUGUUUGUCCCCACAGCCUCCAGAAAAUCCAGCCCAAGUCAAAUUCUAAUCUUAAAACCCUGCUGUUGCCCAGCUUUCACACUGGCUGCCAAACUAAUCCCAGUACCCCUCUACAACCUGACUCUGACCCCCAGCACCAACACCCUGCUGUGCAGUCAUGUGGGAGGCCCCCGCUGGUCUACCCUCCCCCCCUCACUCUUCCACACACAGAGAGAGCCCUCCCAGUAUCCUCCGCGCAUACUCAGUCUUCCACUAACCACCAUCCACCCAGUCGAAUGACAAGCCUAACUACACCUUUUCCUACCACCUGCGCUGAAAGACCCAUGUCCAGACCCUUGAAGCCUAGUAGACCAGGCUAUCCCAGUCCUCGCUCCAGUGAAGGUUUUUACCCCAGUUCCCAGCAUCCUGGACACUACCAGAUGGCAGGGUAUCCCGGCCCUCACACCCUCCCCUCGGUGCCCAGCGCCCUCUACCCCCCACAGGCUGCGAUGCUGGACACACACCACGCGCACACCCACCCCCGCCACCACGUCCACACACACUCGCAUGCCCAGCACCUUCCCCAGCCACAUGGACACGACAUGGCACUGUGGGGCUCUGCGAUGGAGGACAGGGCAGUAGACAUGCAGCAGUGUGUAGGCCAGCAGUGCCUGUUAAUGGAGGAACAGCUGAUGAUACAACAACAGCAGAUGGAGGAGGACCAGAGGUGGCUGGAGCAGGAGGAAAGGCUGCUGAAACCAGACUCUAGAAGUUCUAGAGGGAGUCUGGACAGAGAAGAAGGUGGACUCCAACCACCGACAGGAAACCAGCACAUAUACCAGCCCGUUGGCAAACCAGAGCAUGCAGCUCCCCCAAAGAAACCCCCUCGACCCGGGGCCCAGAGCCAAGUGGGCAGUCUGGCCUGUCUAAAUACUGGAGACAGUUACAACGAUGGAGUCAAGCUGCAGCCCCAAGAGAUAAGCCCGCCCCCCACCGCCAACCUGGACCGCUCCAAUGACAAGGUGUAUGAAAAUGUGACAGGAUUGGUCAAAGCUGUGAUCGAGAUGUCGAGCAAGAUUCAGCCGGCUCCUCCAGAGGAAUAUGUUCCCAUGGUCAAGGAUGUGGGUCUGGCAUUGAGGACGUUAUUGGCCACAGUGGAUGAGACUCUACCACAACUUCCAGCCAGUACACACAGAGAGAUCGAGAUGGCUCAGAAACUUCUGAACUCUGACUUGGCAGAGCUGAUUGGGAAGAUGAAGUUAGCCCAACAAUAUGUAAUGACCAGUCUCCAGCAGGACUAUAAGAAGCAGAUGUUGACAGCGGCUCACGCUCUUGCAGUCGAUGCUAAGAACCUGCUGGAUGUCAUCGACCAAUCACGGCUCAAGAUGAUGGCCCACUCCCGCCCACACUAACCCCACGUCAGUUGAGCUGACCAACAGGAGCUGGUCUGCUAUUUGAGAGACAGUGUCACUAUGGUUACUGUUAGUAGUGGAGAACUAAAGACUCCUGGAUUAAUGACGUCAAUCAUGAUAUGUGAGAGUUGUUGGAGCUGACCGCUUUACAUCAAAGGAAACAAUGGCUCUGAUACUUAGACAACAGUCCGUGAAGAAUUGUUAGAUGUUGAAUCCUGUGUAAACUGCGGUAGUCCAUUCAUCUGGGAUAAAACUCUCCACCACUGUGACUUUCUUAAUACAAGAACAGAGCAAAAACACUUCCUGAAUCAGGGACUUGGCAGCUUCACCCUCUUUGGACUGGAAUAUAAUGAGGAGGGGAGGAAAAGUGAAGAGGAAGAUGACUGUGGGUGACUAUGGGUCCGGACCUGAAUCACUAUCAUGGGAGCGAUCGGGUGUGGAACUGUCGACAUCGAGUUGAUUAGUCCUGGUAGAAUACAACUCUCGCGCAAAGCCAUCAGAACUUGAUCGGUCUGCGUUUGAUCUGCAACAUAUCUGCAUGAAACUCAACGGUGGGAACGGACUCAGACGUCAGCCAGCAGCCAUGUUGGUACAUUUGUUGAUAUCACAUGUUUUUGACCCCUGGAUGUGAACCUGCUCCUCCGUUGACAUAACUCCACACCACCAUGGAUUCUAGUGACUGGGCAAAUCAAACCAGAUGUUUUCUAUUCAGCUGCGGUGCUUUGAGAGGACGCUUCAACGAAGAAAUUCAACAGCAAAGACGGUCUCGGUUUGGUUCGGAGAAGCAGCCUCCCACCCCUCCCUUGCUCCUCCCGCUUCUCUCUUCUAUCGAUUCCCGUCUUCCCUUCGUCUCACCAGGUUUUAUUUAUAGACUCAGAAAUUGCAGAGGAGGAGACGGAGGGAGAGAAGGGAAGAGCGUAUAAAAACUUGAGGACAGUCUAGCGCCAGUCUACUGCCUGAAGAUAGAACACACUAUUGUCCUCUCUGCUCUCUAUUUCACUCACUUUUCUUUCCUUUAGUUCUCACUUUCCCUCUCUCCUUCCUGAAGUCUUCCUCAGCUCCCCCUGAGCAGGUUUUAAAGACUCCAAAUGUGAAGAAUCCAACUCUGUCUGGGUGAAACGCCGCAGACAGGAAACUCCCUACUCGCACUCAGUUUAGUCUACUCUCUUCAUCUGCUGGCUCCAUGUUUUUUGUGUUGUUUACUGCAGUCACACUCUUCUUCCUCAAUACUGAUAUUCAAUCCCAGCAUUGACUCUGAUGAGCAUAAAUGGAAAAAAAAGGUAGAUUCUGGGGAUUCUCCCUCUUUAUCCAGGAGGCAGAGGAGGGCAUCAUGUCUCAGACUGAUCACUGAGCUUGACUUAACCUAUUUCUGUCUCCUCUUUUUUCUCACCCACAGCCCCAAUAACGUUCAGUUGUUGCUCAUAUAAGACUGCUCACACCUUUUUAGUGUCCCCUCACCCACCAGUGUCACAAAGUGAAUUUACCCGAGGACACAAACAAACCUCACAACUGGAACCUUUGUGCUUUUAGUCCCAGUUUCUGUCAGGUGUAACUCUUUAAAUAUGUCCCUCCUAACAACCGGCAAACGAACACACAUGUAAUGUGGAGCCACACGACUGGAACUUGUCUUGUUGACACAAAACACUGAACUGAAAAUACAGCAGAUCACAUGUGUCUUUGUUAAUAUUGACCCCACGUGGAGUAUGACAUACUGCUAUAUGAAAUAUACUGGUGACUGUACUGGUAUAGCAUGAUAUACUGGUAUGGAGAAGAGCAUAUUUGCACAGCACCAAAAAAAAAAUCAUAUCUUUUUUAGCCCUAUGUUACCCAGAUUGGAUUUCCAUGUUUACUCAGCAAUGACAUUAUCAGAUAUCUGGGCUUUAUAGGGAUAAAAAAUGUAAAAAAAAAACAAACAAAAAAACAAUCUAUUUUAUCUCCUUGUUGUUGCGUAAAUCUGCUCAUGUUGGUAUAUUGUAAGCUAUACUGGUGUGUAUCACUGGUGAAUUGUACAGAACUCGUACUAGUAAACACUGGUUUUUAUUUUGUCUUCUGGGCUAAAUCCGCCAUCGUGUCAAAUAGGAGGGGAAAAAAACAAUGAAAUAAAACAAUGUCGAAAUGGAAA